AUGUCGAGUCGUCAUCAACGCAAUCUUAGUGCUUCACUUUACGUUCGUGGAGUAGCUGAAAAAUGUCGCUAUGAAGAUUUAAAGAAAAUCUUUGGUCGAUAUGGACGUAUUGUUGAUAUAACACUUCCUUUAGAUUAUUAUACAAGAGAUGCUAAAGGUUAUGGUUUUGUUGAAUAUGAAGAAAGUCGUGAUGCUGAAGAAGCACUUCAUGCUCUUGAUCGUUAUCGAUUAUUUGGAAGAGAACUUGAAGUUGAAUUUGCACGUGGUGAUCGUAAAACACCAUCCGAAAUGAGAACAAGAGAAAAAGAAUCACGUUAUGGACGUGGUGGUGGUGGCGGUGGAGAUGCCGGUCGACGUGAUCGAUCACGAAGUCGUGAUCGUCGUCAACGAAGUGGAUCACCAGUUGCUAGAGAUCGUCGUCGUGGUGGUGGUGGUGGUGGUGGCGGCGGCGGUGGUGCUGGUAGCCGAUCUCGUUCACCACACUCACGUUCACCUGUACCUCGACGACCAGUAAGUCGUUCUCGUUCCAAAUCUGCUUCACCAAGUUAUGGUAAACGAAAUGGUGCUGGCAGUGGCAAUGCUGGCCGCCGUAUAAGCCGUUCAAGAUCACCUCCUGAUAAUUAA